AGCUAGGAGCAGUAACAGGCUUGGACUUGCAUCAGCUGAAGAAUUAAGAAACUCCGUGUCCAUAUGAUCCACAAUGGCUCUCAAUAUAGCAGGUCUGAUAAUGAUGGUUGUUUUCUACUUGCUGGUGUUGGGAACCGGCAUCUGGGCGUCUGUAAAAGCUAAAAAGAAGGAGAAAAACACAAACAGCAGUCGUGCAGAAGUUUCCUUUUUGGCUAACCGGAGUGUCAGCUUAGUGCUGGGAGCAUUCACCAUGACAGGUGAGUUGAGGGGAACUAUAACUACACUGAAUGUAUACGUUUCAAGGCUCUUUCAUCUGGUCUAGAUUAAUUUAAUAAGGGUCCUUUCACAAUUAUAUUGUUUGGUCCGGAUUUUUGGACUUUUAACUUUGAUUCAAACUAAAAUCGACCAAACAGCCAAAAUUUGGUCUGACAUAAAGUCUUGAAUGGUUCAGACCAAAUACAGGAAGUAAUGGCAGGCUGGCGCCUUAACUUAUUAAAGAGUUCAGGGCACAUGUGUACCCAUAGGUACUAUGUGUACUAUGUAGUGUGUUAUUGAGCAAGAGGCCCCGAGCAGACAGCUGUUAGGAGCAGAGAAUAAAUUAGCAGUUUACUUGUAAAGUGGAAGCCUAGUAAAUGGAGACUAGUGUUCCAGUUGGUCUCUGAAGUAAAGUUCCCAUGCGCUUCUCAACAAUGUAACAAAAAAAGAAGAGCUAAACCAAUCAAUGUCCUGGUUUUACUGCAAAAUGUCUUUGAGUACGUUAGGCUACCAUGUAAAACACUAUAUAAAUAAAAUGUAUAACCAGGAGACGCGGCUCAUUUGCCUAUGUGAUGACAACAGGACGUAGCCUAGUUUUGUUGUCAUUUCUCAGGAAGGAUCAAUGACUUUGAGAAUGAUAGUUUUUUAGUGCACUUGCAUGACUGCAGGGCCGUAGUCGUCAUUUCCCAAAGUGCAGGGGACAGACUGUUUAAGAGGAGGAUUUUUAUUGAAAGAUCCUCUUCCAUUUGUUUCUCCAAAUUGCAGAUUCCAAGCAGCCUAGACCUACAUUUCAUCCUUGAUGGAAAGAUUUCCAUAAACCGUUCCAUAUUGAUUUACUGCCACAUGUUGCCCAAUGGGAGACCUGCUAACAUUUUAAGUGGCUACACAGAGAUCAUACACAGGAUACACAGAAGGUCAUUAAUAAGGCAAAAACACAAGACGUUUUUAACAUUUAAAUCUAUUACUCACAGGGACAUUGGGACAAUUUUGUGGAGAGUGCUGCAAAAUACGUGUGUGUGUGUGUGUGGGGGGGGGGGGGGGGGGGGGGGGGGGGGGAGGAUUUAGGCUGUAAUAGCCUCUGGUACAUUCUAAUGCCACUAUUCCAUCAUAUACAAUGAUCUUAAUUAUUGCCUAUUUUAAUGAGUUAUCCACCCUAUAUUAUUUUAUCAUUGCCUGUAUCUAUAUGAGUCUGUCAAUCAACUGACGCAACCUGAGUGCCUGAUGUUACAAGCCUUACGUGAUCGCACACAGCCCCCACCCCUCCUCCACAAAGUUGCUAGUAGCCAAGGAGGACACGGAGGAUUAAAAACACACGAUGGACUCUUCAGAAGAGCUACUUGGGUUGGAGGCGCCUUUAUCAUUGGGGUUGCAGAGUCGGUUUAUGACCCCACCAAAGGUCUAAUCUGGGCUCUGGUUCCUCUGCAGGUCUCUAUUUCCUUUGUUGUUGGUGGACUGUUCUUUGCAAAGCCAAUGAGGGAGAACAAUUACGUCAGUAUGAUGGAUCCAUUUCAGAGAAAGUAUGGUAAAGCACUUACUGCUGCUCUUGCCAUUGUCCCAGUCAUAGUUGAAAUCAUCUGGGUUCCUGGAUUACUGAUUUCUUUGGGGGCGACCAUGAGUGUCAUCUUGGAGCUGCCCUUCAGUGUUUGCGUCUGGAUCUCUGCUGCGGUGGCGAUCAUCUACACUGUUCUUGGUGGUCUCUACUCAGUUGCUUACACUGAUGUCAUCCAGCUAUCAUUAGUGCUUGUUAGCCUGUGGCUGUGUGUGCCUUUUGUUUUUGCAAGUGGCGUUUAUACUGACAUCACUAAAACAGCAUUCAACCACACAUAUCAGGCCCCCUGGCUUGGCCAGCUUGAGUACGAUGAACUGUGGAGAUGGAUUGAUCAUUUCCUAGUGAUGACUGUGGGCAAUUUGGCAGUUCAGGAUUUCCAUCAAAGGAUACUCUCCUCCAGCUCUGCAUCCACAGCCAGAAUCAUCUGUUUUAUAGCGGCAGGUGGAGUCAUCAUUGCUGGACUUCCGUCAGUGUUGAUCGCCGCUGUUGCAGCUUCAACAGACUGGAACGCCACGUCGUAUGGUUCUCCCUCGCCGUAUGAGCGAGGCGAGGCGGCCAUGGUGUUGCCCAUCACCCUGCAGCAUUUUACACCAGUCUUCAUUUCUGCUUUUGGCGUCGGAGCGGUUGCCGCUGCAGUGAUGUCAUCCGCUGACUCUUUCCUCUUGUCUGCAACCACCAUUUUUACCACCAACAUCUACCAGACCAUCAGGAGUCAGGCAUCCGAUAAAGAGCUACAGUGGGUGAUUCGUCUCUCCAUAGUGGUUGGAGGACUUGUGGGAACAUCCCUCACCUAUCUGGACGGUGGCAUCUUGGUGUUCUGGAUCUUGGGCUCAGACUUGACCUACACCAUUCUAUUCCCGCAACUGAUCUGCGUCCUCUUCGUUGAGGUUUCCAACGGUUACGGGGCGAUUUCAGGCUUCCUUGUCGCCGUGGUGAUGAGACUGUUGUGCGGAGAGCCAUUGUUAGGCCUCCCCGUGCUCCUGCAUUUCCCAGGGUGCACUUUAGAGGACGGCGUUUAUAUUCAGCGCUCUCCUGUCAAGACCAUUUGCAUGUUGUGUGCUCUGGUCUCCAUUCUGAUGUUUUCAUAUGUGGCCUCACUCCUUUUUAACAGGGGGGGCCUUCCUGAGAGGAUGGACGUGUUCAAAGUGAAGUCACAAGGAGCACCAACUCCAGCAGAUGGUGCCACAGAGGGUGACAGGGAUGAGACUGAUGAAAAUGAUACAUUUGCCUCUGAACCAAUGCUGGAGACAAAGUGCUAAGUUUCUAUGUCUUGUAAAUUCAACUGUUGGGUUAUAGGGACUGACUUGUCAUUGUUGGUUAUUGCACAUUUUUAUUAUGGAACUACCUCAUUUUUGCGUCUGGAUUAUUUGUUGGGCAAUUUUGACAUUUUUAGGUCAUAUAGAUUACAUUGUAAAUGGCUUGUCCUAUGUAGUCUCAUUCCUGUUUAUCAAGGGGCUCUUUCCUGAGAGGCUGGAUAUGUCUAGGUGAACUCCCAGGAAGGACCAAAACCAGCAGGUGGCGAGAGACUGAUAUUCAAAAUGAAAAAGACACACUUGCCUCUCCACCAGUGCUACAUACAAGAUGCUACAUUUUGAAGGCCUAUGCUUUUGGUGCUUUCAUAUUAUAACUGGUUUGGGGUGAUAGCAAAGGAUAUAUUGCCAUUAUUGCUUUACUUACUAUAAAAGAAUGAGUAAACAUAAUUAAAGAGCUCCCGUUUCCAAACUACCUCAAAUCUAACAUUUAACAAGUGUCUCCACAUUACCAUCUAUUCUGUUAGGCUAUUCACGACAACGGCCACAACAAACUGGCCAAGUAUGUGUAGCUGGUCCUAUGAAUUACAUAAAUUGUUGGUGAUAUUGGUUUCCAAGUCAUUUUCUUUGACUCACUAACCAGAGGCGCUUCUGAAAGCAGGACAGGAACUAUUCAUACUGCAUUUCAGCCAACUUUGCUGCAUGGUCUUAUUUUUAAUUUGAUGACUGGUGAGACUUAUGGAUAGGACUUAUUAAAAAUGCGGUAACUGUGUUCUGCUUAUCAAUCAGUUUGAGAGGAAAUGUGUAAAAUGCUGGAUUACUUUAGCAUAAAGACUGAACCUCCUUUCUGACAUUCACCUAAUUCUUGUGUAAUUCUUUUUAAAGCCCAUUAUGAAUGAAA